CCCGGCCCGGCCCGCCAGCAGCACGGCCAGCUCUCGGCCGCGCAUCCCAGCGCAGCUCAGCGCCCCGCGCGCACCCCCGGCAGCCUCGGCGGGCGCCCUGGGUGCCGCUGGCGCUCCCCCGGCCCCGUCGUCGGGAGCCCCGGGAGGCGGCCCGCACCACCCGCUGUCCUGGACGCCGGCGCCGUGGACGCGAGCAGCAGUGACGCCGCCGCCCCGACGACCACGACGACGCACGCGACGCCGCCCUGGUUCCCGUGGGCGUCGCCGCCGCCGUCCCCCUCGUCGCCGUCGGCAACCUCGCGCGCGCGCCGCGAGCGGCAGCAGCAGCGGCAGCACCUGCAUCAGCAGGCGGCGCACCAGCUCGUGUUCCUUCGAGAGAAUGACGGAGUCCUGUUCGUCGGCGGCGGCCUGCACCAGGACGAGCAGGAGCCGGCGAUACACGCCACCCUGAGCGAGCCAGCUGUGGGCACGCUGGUGCCCGGGCUGGCGGUGGCGGGGGGCGGCCCGAUGCUGCAGGCCACCCCCGCCCCCGCCACGGUGCCCACCCUCGAGCCCCCGGCGGCAGACCAGCGCCGCAGGUCAAGUGGGGCCCUCCUCGGGGCUCUCGGAGCGCUGGCGGACAACACUCUGCACGCCAUGCCCAGACCGGGGCGGGCGGCGAGCGUGGCGGUGCCGAAGCAGUCCACGGCCGCCUUCAUGGAGCUGCUGGGCCGGCCCACCACCUCGCUGGCACCGCCGGCGGCCUCCCAGUUGCUGCUGCGACGCCACUCCGCCCACUGCUCGUCGUCCUCCGGGCAAGCCGGCCAGUCUCCGCAAGGGCCACCGCCACCUGUGCCCGUGCGAACCAAGCCGGGGCCACCGCCGCCCAUCUGCCAGCUUCUGACCAACCGGCCGUCCGCCUCCAUGUCCAUGGGGCCGCCCACGCUACUGCCGCCGCUGCCCGUGCCCCUGCCGCCGCCUCCGGGCUUGCAUCGCGCCAACGCCACCACCGCUACCGCUACCGCCGCCUCACAGAGGAGGUCCUCCCACGGCACGGCCGCCCCCAACGCCCUCAGCACCCUCACGGAGAUCCGCUGCCUGACGGCGUCCAGCCCCGGCCAGCAGCUCCCCGCCGCCCCCGACCCUACGGCACUGUGGGGCUCGAGGCGAAACACAGAGGACGAGUCCGUGGACGAGCCGGGGCAGCAGAAGGUGCAGCUGCGCCAGGACUCGUCCGUGUCCUCCGACUCGUACAGCCAGACGUCGUCGCCCAGCUACACCAGCAAGACCAUGGAGACGCCUCUACUGCCGCAUCACAAGGCCAAGAAGAAGUCCGGGUCAGGUUGCGGAGCAGGACGAUCCUUGACGCGCAGUGCGGGCGUCGUGGGGUCAGAGGACUCCUGCACGGACUCGGCAUUGGGGUCGGCGUCGACGGGCGACCGCUCGGCCACCAAUUCGACGUCGGCCAUCACCAAGAGCAACUCGACUCCCGCGUCCCUGCAGGCCGUGGUGCGGCUCAGCGGCUCCAGCAUGUCGCUGCACCACAAGAUCAUCCGUGACCACAUCCGGCGGCCGUCCGUGCUGCGCGCCAGGACCAUCAAAGUCAACAAGUUCCAGGCCAUCCAGCUCGCUUUCAACGCCGUCGCGCUCGUGGCAAUCGCGCUGGGGCUCACCGCCUACUUCCGAGCAAAUCCCUCUGUUAAGUACAUCAACACAGAAGUUGGCAACCCGUUACCAGGCGUGUGUAUGCCCGUCAUCGUCACGUUCUGCCUCAGCCAUCGCAUUCCUUACAACUACACCAUGGUUCCGAGCUACGUUGGACACAUGUCCCAGACAGAUGCGCAACAGGACAUUCAGUUCUACGACGCACUGGUGGACGUGCACUGCUACGAGCUGUCGGCGCUCUUCCUCUGCACCAUCUUCGCGCCCAAGUGCGGCGCGGGCGGGCGGCAGGUGAAGCCGUGCCGCAGCCUGUGCCGCGAGAUGAUGCGGCGCUGCGAGUUCUUCCUGGAGGUGUUUGGCCUGCAUUUCGAGCAGCUGGUGCGCUGCGACAACUUCCCCGAGUACGGCUCGGCCGAGUACGACGGCGAGGAGUGCGUCGGCCACCACGAGUACCUCGAGGCGGAGCAGCGCGCCAGAGCUCCAGCCUGCGCUGACGGAUUUCUCUGCGACAAGACACGAUGCAUCCCGAAGGACUUCCGCUGCGACGGCCACCAGGACUGCGUCGACGAAACAGACGAAAAGGACUGCCACUGUCCGACAGGCACCGAACAUUGCGGAGAAAAGAAGUGCAUUUCCCACAAGCACGUGUGCAACGGAGUGGUGGAAUGUCCGCACGGCCAGGACGAGCGGAACUGCAUACGUUUGUCGGAGUCCAUGGGGGACGUCGGGUCCGGGAAGAUCGAGGUGUUCCACCCCGACAAGAAGGAGUGGCGCGCGGCCUGCGUCCAGAACUGGCAAAAGGAGUCUUCCGCCCAGGCUGUCUGCUCCAUCAUGGGCUACAAGGGAGCCAACGACAGCAGGCUGAUGUUGUGGGGCAGCGACCGGCCCGUCACGGCGCCCGCCAUGGAGCCCGACGCGGUGCCCGUGCACAAGUACACGCGGGCCAACCUCUACUCGCUGCUCCGCAAUUGCUCCUCGCACACCCCCACCGUGCACCUGUCGUGUUACAAUUUCGAGUGUGGGCGCCGCCGCCACCCUAGCGCACCGCUAAAGGCCACUGCGCGGAUCAUCGGAGGCUCUCCAUCGCGCGUGGGCGACUGGCCUUUCCUCGCGGCCCUGCUGGGCGGCCCGGAGAAGGUCUUCUACUGUGCGGGUGUGCUCAUCAGCGAUCAGUGGCUGCUCACCGCCUCGCAUUGCGUCGGCAAGUGA